AUGACAUUCCACAACUUGUACCCGGCCAGAUUGGACGUUUCUAAGCCUGAAAUUCGAGUCCUCGAGAUCAUAGACAGCAAUAAUGGCAGUGUAUCAUGCAAAUUACACGCUGUCACUCUCGAUAGCUCGUCAAAUAUCACUGCCUUGUCCUACGUCUGGGGCGACCGGAAUGCCACCACAGAGAUUAGAGUCAAUGAUAGAACCAUCUCGAUAACCAAAAACCUAGCCGGUGCCCUGAAACAUGCCCGCAAGUACUGGAAAUACGAGUUCCCCGAUAAAGAUCCGGCUUCUUUCAGAAUAUGGGCAGACGCCAUCUGCAUCAAUCAGUCGGAUCCGGUGGAGCGAAGUGAACAAGUCACACUCAUGCCUCGAAUCUAUUCAAAGGCCGCACUGGUCCUCGGGUGGCUGGGGGACCAGCAUAACGAGGACAUGUCAAUUGCAACUCAGACAAUAGGCCUCAUUCAUGCCGCUCUGGCAAGCGUUGGGGAUGACACGCCCAAAUUACUACAGCUAGAGUGGCUUAAAGCUUAUCUCUCUUUGACCGUGGCUCCCGAAUGUGACAGAAGAUGGAAUGCUCUACAUGUCCUAGGAAGUCUGCCGUAUUGGAAGCGGGUGUGGAUUUUUCAGGAGAAUCUUUUGGCAACAACCAUGUUUUAUAUAACUCCCACUGCCAUGAUAGAGGCCAAUACUCUUCUACAAGCAUGCGUUGGGUUUGGUGUCCUCUGCGAAUUGAUCGCCGACCAUCAUGUGGCAAAGCCCGACUUUGUUCCCAGCCACGUCUGGAUGGCUUUCAAACCCCCUGAGGGGACAGCUUUCAAUGGAUUGAGAGAGAUUCAGAGGCUGGGCUCAGCCAAGUACACCUUUCAAGGAAUGCCGUCACAUACUGUCGGUACAAACCAGCUUCUCUGGGAGCAUUUACAUCUGUCGCAAUACGGCGGCGUUCUUGAGGCUACGGAUCCCAAAGAUCAUGUGUACGGCCUCUUGGGAAUCAGCUACCUUGGCAUCCAGAUUGACUACAGUGAAUCCAAGCGAGUCAAAGAUGUUUACGCAGACUACUGUCGUGUUGUACUACAACUUCUCCAACAACUAUCAAAACGAAAUAUAUUUUUCCUCCGAGACGCUGGCAGCGGUGUCUUUGACACUGCAGAACUGGACCUCCCCUCUUGGGUGCCAAACUAUCCUGCGAGAUCAACCGGUGACCCGACACUCAUAUUUGGAAGUGCCUUUAAUCUAAUUUCAAUUACUCCAGAUAUGCCAUUCCCAAGCAUAUCUGGUUUCGAGUUGUCCAUUUCUGGCGUUCGCCUUCAGAAUGUGAAGCGCAUCAUGCAGCCACCACCAACCAUAGAAAAUCUCAAAAAAGGAGGAGACGGCCACUCAUGGGUCACGGAAUAUUUGCAGAGGAAACCGAUGUACAAUAAGAUACCAAGUACUUGGGCUCUGUUCAGCGCAGUGGCGAGAAUGCCGAGAUUUACCCUCGAUACAUCAAACCUACUCCUUCUCCAGGACUUUUUAAGAAUUCUUGAUCUUAAGCCGCCCCAAUAUAUCAACCAAUGGGGCAAAAUUCCAGUUCAAUACACUACAAAAGAGGAGGGCGGCAUCUCCAUUGGCGUUAUCAUGGAUGGCUCAAGUAGUAACCCAUCAAUGAUUACCCAGGUUUCCCCAGCGCUGAGUUACACAGACCCUGUUAAGGCUCUCGAGGAUAGGAUGCUUGAAACCGCAUAUCGAUUGAUACACAUCUUAAAACGAAACUACCAUGCCAAGCUAUUUGAAGCGGGAGGGGAGCUAUUAGGCAUGGGGCCGCAACACUGUUCUGAAGGCGACGUAGUCUGUGUCCUCGAUGGAUACCGCGACCUCGUGCUUCUCCGAAGGUGCGGAGACCGAUAUCAGUUCGUUGGACCUUGUUUGACUUUCGGGAUAUCGGAGGCGUCUGUCAAAAAAGCAUUGGAUGAGGGGGCUCUGAAGGUUGAAACCUUUCAACUAAUAUGA